AUGAGCUUCCACGAGUCUGCUUCCCACAUCGAGCUUGAGGAUGGCCACAUCCUCAAGGCCGUUCUCCGCAACGAGGAUGGUGAUGAGCAAGAGUCUAGCAUCGAUCUCAAUGAUCACAUCGGAAACGACAAUGGACACUUCCACUGGGACGGCGGUGACUUCCACUCCAGUGCCGAUGAUGUGCGAUUCGACCGCGAAGGUGACGACGGUGUCCCUGUUCUGCGCGCUGUCUUGCGCGACGUCGAUGGCGAGGAACACAACGCGGAUAUCAACCUCGCUGAGCGCAUUGGAAACGAUAAUGGACACUUGGUCUUCAACUAG